GUUCAUAGCAUCAUGAAGUGUAUUGCAUGGUGGGGUAUCACUGGUCAUAAUGCAAGCCGGCAUAUGUGUAUAGCCUGACAAUGAUAAGUGUUAAGUGUUGAUCUGAAAUGUCACUGCAAAAUUUGUCACUAUCUGUUGUGUUAACUUGUAACAUUAUGUUUGAUACAUUGUGUAGCACAUAUUUUUGAGGAACAGUAGACCUCCAGACAUUUUCAAAAUUGCAAAACAGAGACUAAUAGAGUAGAGGAUGAAAAAGAGCAGCAAUGCUCAAAUCAAAUAUCAUCUGAGUGUAUUAUUGAAUGCACAGUGGCACCUGGUCUUAAAAGAAAGGUUGCUUGAAGUACAGAGUGAUUGUUUUUGCAUAGAACAAUUUUCCACAUGCAUAGAACAGACAGUUGGGACAUUUCUAACAUACAAAGCAUGGCAAAGUACAUUUAUAGCUCGUUUAUUUAUUUAGAUAAACAAAAAAUAACAGCACACAAAAGGACCACAGGGGUUAAGUGAAGCAAUUCACAAAGACGUUUUAUUGCACCCAGGUCACGAGUGUAAAAAAACAACAGAUGGUAAAAUGUUUCUGAUUCCUAACCAAUUUGUCAACAGGUUGUCUGCAGCGAACCAUGCAUGACUUACAAUGAGCGAUGAAGGCAUCUAUGUGGGUCCGAGGCCACAGACGACGGCCCAGGCUGUCCAGUAUUCUCCAUCACAAGUGCCUGCUGCCCUUCCUGUCAGGCACCAUAGUGGGCAUCGCGCUGUCGACCAUAUUCAUCCUCCUCCCCUUCCCGACUUACCUCAUUUCACUGCUGGCGGGGAUUGAUGGGCAGAGUGCAGACAUCACAGACUCAGGGAUUUCAGGUGAGCUGACGGUACGCCAGCCCCUGUAUGUAGGAGUGAUGACUGCAGGAAAGUUUCUCCACACCAGGGCAACGGCAUGCAAUAAUACAUGGGGACGGCAGGUCUCAAAGGUGGAAUUUUUCUCCCAGCACGGCAGCUGGGAAGAUGACCGCCUUCCCGUCGUCUCGCUCCCCGGGGUGUCGGACGAUGUGUACCCCCCACAGGGCAAGGCCUUCCGGAUGCUGCAAUACAUGUGCCAGACCCACGGGCAGCAGUACGACUGGUUCAUGCGCGCAGACGACGACUCCUACAUACAUGUGGACAGGCUGAAGCAAUUCCUGGGGAAGAUAGACAGUAGCAAGAAGGUGUACAUGGGGCAGCCAGGCUACGGCUUCCCCGAGGUGCGGAACAAGCUGGGUCUGAAUGGGAGGAACUUCUGCAUGGGAGGGCCGGGCGUCAUCUUCAGUAGGGCUGCAAUACAGGCUCUGUGCCCCCAUCUGGAGACAUGUAUGGAGGAGGUGAUGUCUAGGGAAGAGGAUGUGGAGAUUGGGCGCUGUGUUACUAACCAUCUACACAUACAGUGUACCCGGGCAUGGGAGCUGACAGAGCUGUUCUACCAUGCCUAUGAGGAAGAGUUCAGCGAGGAUAGACCUUUCACGGGAAACCUGCAGAAAAACAGGCACCUGGUGAAAUCCCUGACCCUGCACCACAUGAAGGACCCUCAUGUCAUGUACCAAGUGCACAGGCACUACACAAAAUCUGCCAUGAACACCACUGAACAGGAAAUUGAGACACUACAGGAAUCCCUCCACUCCAUCAACAACAUCCUGUCCCCCUCCCUGCACAAAUCUGUCCCGUCCUUAGAACAAAACAGUCUCUUGCAUGAGCUGCCCCUCCCCGUAGAGAGAGUGGACAGUCUCCCUUGGGUGUCAUUCGAUGCCACCCAUGUGUUCUCAUCUGAGGGUGUGGCCCAGGAGAUGGGGGUACCAUGGCAACAGGACCUCANACAGGUUCUGGAGUCAGCCAUUGCCACUGCCACAGCACAACUUCCUGAGGGGUCAAAGGUCAGCCAUCUGAUUGGCGGGUACCGCCGCCUCCAUCCCGACUUUGGAACCGAAUACCUCAUCGACCUCGCCUUCCAUGAUCACCAUGGCAACCAGGUCACUGUACGCAACAGAGUAAUACGUCCGAUACUUCCCGCGGAGGUCAGAGGUCACUUGCAGCACUUGCCGAAGUCGCCACAUGUGUAUGUCAUCCUGCCGGUGCGAGAGAGAGACCCAGGCCUGCAGCAGUUUCUGCAGCUGUAUGAGGAGGUGGUGCUCAGCUCCCGCCCGCCUCACAUGGAGAGCCUCAUCAUCGUCAUCUGCACAGGAGGAGCAGCAGCAGAGGAUCCUGGGAACGGUGACAAGCAUGAUGGGAACGCGCUCGACGCCAUAGCUGUGGUAGACUUCUACCAAAGACAAUUCCCCACGGGACAGAUCAGGUCCCUGGUUCUGAACGAACCAUUUUCGCUCUGUCAGGGCCACCGAAGAGGGCUGGAACUUGUAAAGGAGAAGUACGAUUCGAUAGUUUUUCUCGCCAAUGCAGACGCACAGUUUUCACGAGAUCUUUUUAUAUCUUGCCGGAAGUAUGCAGUAAAGGGAAGUCAGGUUUACCUCCCCUUGCCAAGGAGAUGGGGACGGAAUGUAGGUAACCAUGGUACAGCGGCUAGUAACCAUGGUUACGGUAACCAGGGGGACCAUGACAAGUGGAGAGGAGCAUAUAUAGGGAAGGAUUUGUACUUGCCGCCAAAUCUACAGUAUGGGCCAAAUAUGUGCAUAUACGUCCAGGAUGUUGAUGAAGUUGAUAUACAUAACUUCAGGCCACACAGUGCCAAACUUGAACUAUUUGCAGCGGAGAACUUGCACUUAAAAACAUUAUAGUCUUAGAUCAUCAUCUUUUUGUGAAUAUCUAAAUCUCAAUGUGUUUACACAAAGGAUAUGGUCAGACUGUUUUAUCUAUUGUAUGUUUAAAUAAAGAACUAUUUUCGUAAUUUAUCUAACCUGAUUUUGAAACACGCAUGUAAAAGAUAUUGAAGGUACAAUUCUAUAAAACUUUUUUUUUAAGACAACAAACUGUAAAUACACUUUUGAGGGCAAUUACUUGUACAUAACAUAUGAACAAUUCCCUCCUGCUGACUAUAUGAGUAGGUUAUGGAUACAUUUUUCUCCAACGCAAUCAAGAGUUUAGACUGUGACCUUAUGGGCAAAAAUGUGUAUUUAGUAAGUUUUCUGAUGUAUUUACACCGAUGUGCAGUGUUUCUUACAAUCAUUAUAUCUAAUAGUUUAACUGCUUUAACAUACAUGCAUGAAGAUAUAAUGAAGUUGGUGAAACUUUAAAGUCAAACCAACAAUCUUUCAUUUACUUUAAGCUAUUGCUUCCAUAUGCAAUAUUAAUCUUUGAUAUAGUGAGUGAUAUAUACUAUAGGCGAUAUAACUACACAUAUAUGGCAAUUGUUAACAUUAGCCAAUUCUUGAAGUAACACUACUCUCCAAGCAGAGGUUAGGCUACGGCUGUUUUUUCUAACGCUUUUUUUAGUCGUUUUUAUCAGGCUUUCUAUUUUGUCAUAAUUUUACUUGAAGUACACCAGCCAAACUUGACACAGCAAGAUUAAAUACAAAAUAGAAAGACCGAUA